AUGUCCAGUAUCUAUACACGCCCACAAAUACCAGAGAAUAAAGUUGGCUGUGGUAAAUGUGGAUACGUUGGUCAUUUAACUUUUCAAUGUCGUAAUUUUCUCCAAGCAAAUCCGUCCAAAGCCGUUGUACUUGACGUUAGCUCGACUAGUUCGCCGUCGAGUGACGACGAUAACGAUACACCACUUCAACAACUCGCUCGGCAAGAAAUCAACCGUGACAAACAGCAAGUGCAAAAGAAAGACUCAGAAGUAAAAUCGAAGAAGAAAGAAAAAAGCAAACGUAAACGACGUCGAUCGCCAAGUACUAGUAGUACUUCGGAAUCAGAAUCAGAAUCGGAGUCGGAAUCAAAACAUUCGAAACGCACUGGUUGGUCAAUUAGUGACAACAAAUCUUAUUUCGCACACGGUCAAAUACCUGGUAGUGUUCAUACGAUUCUCCUUGCGGCAAAUCAAAUUACUGAGCCUUAUUGGAAUUACAAUGAUGUCGAUCUUCGUUCUCUUGUCUACACGUCAUGGACCUUUACAAAAGAUUUUACUUUAUCAAACGACUUCCUCACGUUGACACAAUUUACACUUCAUUUCGAUCAAAUCGAUACAGUGGCUAAUAUAACCUUGAACGAAUGUUUUCUUGGUCGAACAAAUAGUAUGUUUAUUCCAUACAACUUCAAUAUUUUACGUUCAUGUUUACAAUCCAUUAAUCAACUUCGUAUCGAUUUCGAAUCCCCAGUAAUCUAUGCACUGAAUCAAGCAAAAGCAUACAAUGAUACUGUACCACCCGACUGUCCACCGGAUGUACAACACGGCGAAUGCCAUGUGCAAUUUAUUCGAAAAGAACCAUGCUCGUUCAGUUGGGACUGGGGACCAGCAUUUGCACCAAUAGGCAUUCCGGGUGAUGUGUACCUCGAAAGCACUAAUAAUGCGGACAUAUCUAUUGAAUUGGAAAGUGUCAAUGUUGCUUCUUAUCAAGCAGCUGGAAACCAGUGGCAAGUCGAUGUCCUCCUGAGUAGUCACAAUGAUCCGUUCGAAUGCCAAUUGAAAUUCAUCUUAGAGAAUACAUCAUUUGUAUAUGAAGUAACCGUUACGUUCGAUCAUGAAAUAUCAAUCUCCGUAUUGAUUCCGGAUGAAAAUAUCGAGCUAUGGUGGCCCAAUGGAUAUGGGGAGCAAAAACUAUACACAUUGUCGAUCUAUAAUAAGGAACAGUUCAUCGGCUCACGACUUAUCGGUUUCCGUACCGUACAACUUAUUCAACACGAUUACGGUCCACAGAUAAAUGGAACAUCAUUUUACUUUCUCAUUAAUUAUCAACCAAUUUUCAUUAAAGGAAGUAAUUGGAUACCGCCAGAUGCAUUUCAAGAACGUGUUACUGACACCGAUCUCGAACGUUUACUUCGGUCAGCACAAGUAGCAAGCAUGAAUAUGCUACGUAUUUGGGGUGGUGGUAUUUACGAACGCAACUCAUUCUAUGAACUAGCUGAUCAUUUAGGCAUCAUGUUAUGGCAUGAUUUCAUGUUUGCUUGCAGCUUAUAUCCAGUGGAUAAAGCAUUUCUACAAAAUGUUCAUGACGAAAUUGUGUAUCAAGUGAAACGUCUUCAAUCACAUGCUUCGAUUGUUCUUUGGGCAGGAAAUAACGAAAAUGAAGGAGCUGUGGCGCAAAACUGGUACGACAUACCAAAAGAAAGAAUGGCGAAAGUGAAAGACGAUUAUCGACAGUUAUAUGUGAACACAGUUAUGGCUGCUGUUAAAGAAAUCGAUAAAGGUAACAAUCGGCCAUUCGUGACUUCCUCACCAAGCAAUGGUAUUGAAUCGAUCAAAGAAGAUUAUAUUGCUACUGAUCCAAAUGAUUCGAUUUAUGGUGAUGUUCAUUUUUAUGGCUAUGGUAUUGAUUCAUGGGAUCCACGCACAUAUCCAAUCACCCGUUUCCUUUCGGAAACAGGAAUUCAAUCAUUGCCAAGUUUAGAUACAUGGAAACAAGCAACAAGUAAUCCAGUGGAUUUCAAUUUCAACAGCUCAUUCCUUCAACAUCGAGAACAUUCGAACAAUCAACUCACUGGAAUCAUGUUGCAUAUUCAAAGUAAUCUCCCGUUACCAGUUACAAAAGAUCCAUUGAAAAACUUUACACAACUGAUUUAUUUGAGUCAAAUCAAUCAAGCAAUGACACUGAAAAGUAUUAGUGAUGUCUGUCGAGUGCAUUCAUCAGAAAAUACGAUAGACCCAAAAACGAGUCAAGGUCACACUAUGGGUUUGAUGUAUUGGCAAAUCAAUGAUAUUUGGCAAGGACCUACAUGGUCAACCAUUGAAUAUGGAUUUCGAUGGAAAAUGGCUCAUUACUACGUGCAACAUAUGUAUGAACCUGUUUAUCCUAUCGCAAUUCUUACUCCCUAUCAAGCGAAUGUUACUGAUGAGACUGCACGUAUUUCUCUAAAUGUUGUCAAUGAUUUUGCCAAAGAAAUAUCUGGUCAAUUGACAUGUUCGAUUCACACAUUAGAUACAUUCGCUGUACGAAUGUCUAUGGCAUAUGAUAUUACUCUCGGCUUUGCCACUUUGAAACAUAUCGUUGAUCUACCUUACAAAUUAUUGAUGAACCGCGCGGAUUGUUCUAAUGACCGUCAAUAUUGUAUUCUACACUGUUGGUUAAACCAUAAUCAUCAUCAAGUUGACCAAACAUUAUUUUUCACCUCACCCAAAGCCUAUCAGUUGUAUCAACCGAAUCUUCGCAUAGAAAAUGUUCAACAAGUAACUCCGAUGGAUAUUGUCUUUCGAAUCUCAGCCACUCGACCAGCAUUAUUCGUUUGGUUGGAAGUAUCGUCACAUAUAAGUGGUUAUUUCUCACGAAAUGGUUUUCACAUGUUUGAGCCAGUAUCCACAGUUACUUUUCAUUCAUGGACGCCAAUCACGAACUUUACCAGUGCUAGUUUUGCUUUGCGUAGCAAUUCGCUGUUUGAUAUAACACAACCGUGA